AAAGAAUCUCUUUAUUAUAUAGUUAUACACAAAAGUGACUAAACCUGAGAAACAUACCCAAACCUCCUCAACUUCUUAUACUGCCCCUGCAUCAAUUAACCACCGCUCGCCUUCGUACACCAUGGCGGAGACAAAACGGAAGAAUAAUAGGGCUCCGACAAAGAAGAAUAAAGGCGGCAGGGAUAAGAAGUGGAAAAAGGACCUCAUUGACCUCAUUUACCAAACGCCUUACAGAAAGAGCUCCAUUCACUAAACCCUAGAAACAUUAGCGACCAAGAGAUUCAAUCGGAUGACAAUUUGGAUGUUUAUGAGUAUGAAGAAAAGGUUUCGGAUGACGAGCUGAAGAAGAAUCGAAGGUAUGAUCCUGUUGAGAACUUCGAGUACGAACUCCAUGAGGAUUUUGAGGGAGUGCAAAUAUUACAGAUCUUGUUCUUUGAUGUUCAUAUGCAUGUGAGGGUUGAAGAGGAACACUGAUGAGGAGGAACAAUGGUGCAAACGACAUAAAUACCCUCACAUGAGGGGCACGUGAUAUAACUUAACGUGUAAAAUUAACCAUGUUAGUGCUAAAGUACCUAGGGUCUAAUGAGUUUUACAAAUAAAGAAUUGUUACUAUAAUUAUUGAAGUUAAAAGUUAUCAAUUAUAACUUGAUACAAAUAUAAAAGACGAAAAGUGUAAUUUACCCUAUUAUUGUUGAAUUAUUGAUAAAAGAAAAAGUACAUAUAUAUUGAUAAGCUUUAAAAGAAAAGGAACAUAUAUAUUUGACUCAUAAUAAUUGCUAUAUGUGAUUGCAACAUGUUGCUACUUUUAUUAUAAAAAUGAAGUGAAAGUUUAUAACUAUUUAUAUGAUUGUAACAAACGAGAAAAUAAUGACUAUUUUCUAUGGAUAUAAAUUUAAAUACAAUUCCUUACGGUUACCUAAUCUUUUUAAAUAAAUAGCAUGAAAAUAGAGAUUAAUAGUGAAAACAAAAAAUGUAAGAAAUAAUCAACAAAGAAAUAUAACAGAAAGUAUCGUAGAACCGUAGAACCCACACGGAGGCUCUGCUACUGAAUUUAGUCAUGCCUGGGUCCAUCCCUCUUUCAGUCUUUCCAGGAAGAACACUUUAAUUUUUUUAAGUCGUCAAUCAUCCUCUAUAUAAAUUUUGAAGCACCAUCCAAUUAUGGGUCAAUCCUCUCAAUUUCACCUUCCAAUUCAACCACAUCAAUAAUUAUGUUUGUUGCUACUGAAACCUCCACCACCAGCUCUGCCAUACAACAGUCACAACUUUGUCGUCAUUUCGAAUUUGGUGAAAUUCGUUCGGCAACAAAAAACUUCGACGAAUCAUUAGUAAUUGGGCAUGGAGGUUUUGGAAAAGUCUAUAAAGGUAACAUCGACAACGGAUCUUCACUUGUAGUUGCCGCCAUUAAACGAUUGGAUGCCAUGUCUGAUCAAGGAGAAUCAGAGUUCUGGGCCGAAGUUGAAAUGCUUUCAAAGUUGCGUCAUUGUAAUCUUGUGUCUUUGAUUGGUUAUUGUAAUCACGAAAGCGAGAUGAUCCUCGUCUAUGAAUACAUGCCCCAUGGAACACUUGCAGAUCAUCUCCACAAACUUGGUACCCCUCUAUCUUGGUGUCAACGACUCAAGAUGUGCAUAGGUGCGGCGCGUGGGCUGGACUACCUCCAUACUGGUACGGGUAUUGAGUUUGGUAUCAUACACCGAGAUGUCAAGAGCUCCAAUAUUUUGUUAGAUAAAGAUUGGGCGGCUAAAGUUUCGGACUUCGGGUUGUCUAAAAUAAGCCCAAGGAAUCAGCUAUCAACUCAUGUCAGCACACUUGUCAAAGGCACUUUUGGGUAUUUUGAUCCAAGUUAUUUUGCCACCGGAAAGCUUACAAGAAUGUCCGAUGUAUAUGCAUUUGGGGUGGUAUUGUUGGAAAUGCUUUGUCGGAAGAGAGCGGUGGAUGACAGUCUUGAUUGGGGAAUAGCAACAUGGGCUAAAGACUCGAUCAAAGAAGGCAAUUUGAAGGAUAUAGUCGAUUCUGAUAUAAGGGGUGAAAUAUCCCCAAUAUGUUUGAAGCACUAUGCUCGAAUAGCAGAAAGAUGUUUGGAUAGCCAUCCAAAGCACCGUCCGACCAUGGCUGAGGUCGUUCUUAGUCUUGAAUAUGUACUCGCCUCACAAGAGAAAACCAAUAGUAUGUCGCAAACUGCAAGUAAGACAAUAUUUGGUCGGAUGGUUGAUAAGUUUUCUUACACUGGCAAGAGCUCAGGUAUGGAGUUUGGAUCCAUCAUGCCUAAGAAGCCCUUCCAUAUAGGUAAGGAUUUUGGAUUCCUCAUGCCCAAGAAGUUGGAUGAUCAGCCGCCACAUUCUUUAAAUGAAAUCUCACACCCUUCUGGCUCUACUGCUAAUACAUAUGGAGCUUAUGCUUCUUCAAACAUGGGGCGCCGGUUUACUUUUGCUGAGAUUCGGGCUGCUACAAAUAACUUUGAUAAGGCUCGAAUUAUUGGUGUUGGCGGAUUUGGUAAGGUUUAUAUGGGUGAAAUCAAUGGUGGAGAGAUUAAACUCGCUAUUAAAAGAGCAACACCGGGCUCUAGGUAUGGUGUGAAGGAAUUUAGAAAAGAACUUGAAGUGCUUUCAAAGCUUCGGCAUCGCCACCUUAUUUCUUUAAUAGGGUAUUGUGAAGAAAAUACCGAGAUGCUCCUUGUAUUUGACUACAUGGCUAAUGGAACACUAAAAGACCAUCUUUACGAGACACAAAGUCAACCAUUAACAUGGAAUCAACGGCUUGAAAUUUGCAUAGGUGCAGCACGUGGUCUAAACUAUCUUCACACGGGUGCAAAAGACACCAUCAUCCAUAGGGAUGUGAAAACAUCUAACAUCCUUUUGGACGACAAAUGGGUUGCUAAAGUAUCAGAUUUUGGGAUAUCAACAACCAUGGAUGACACAACGGAAAGCACGGUUAUUAAGGGUACUUUCGGGUAUUUAGAUCCUGAAUACGUACGGACACUGAUGUUGACCGAGAAGUCAGACGUGUAUGCUUUUGGGGUUGUGCUUUUGGAGAUCUUAUGUGCCCGGAAAGCCCUUGACACCACACUUGAAACAGAGCAAGCACACUUAUCUGAUUGGGGGGUUAGAUGUCACAAAAAGGGUAUAUUUGAUCGGAUUGUCGACCCGUUUUUGAGAGGAAAAGUUUCAAGUGAGUCCUUCAAUAAAGUGGUGGAAACAGCUAUCCAGUGUGUUUCUAAGAAGGGGUUUGACAGGCCAUCAAUGGGGGAUGUUCUUUGGAAUCUCGAGCAAGCUUUGGUCCUUCAAGAGAGGCCACUCGAGAGAAGGUCAAAGGAGUUUACUGAUUAAUACACGUAUCGGUGGUCUAAGUCUCCUUAGCAGGAAAUACUUUUGUGAUGUUUUGGAUUUAAUAUUUUGUAAUGUGAGGUUUGAAUUAUAGAUAGCAGAUCUUAUAAAAGAAAAAAAAAGAUUUUUUGUACGAAAUUAUAAG